AUGUUGCCGGCGAUCGUUCCCCUCCUCGUACUGUCCAUGGUCGUCGCACAUCCUCCCUCAUCAGCAGCACGAACAUCUCCUUGGGAUCUCAGGUCGCCGUCGGUUGGCGGCGCCUGGGCCGCGUUCGAGGGCCUGGUAGACGCGGAGCUCGGCGAUCAGAAGACCGGCGUGGCGGAGCUGAAGAGGUACCUCCACCGCUUCGGGUACCUCCCCUCCAACCUCUCCGACCACCGCAGAGUCGCCAGUAGGGACGGUAAUAACUUCACCGACGCCUUCGACGAGGUCCUGGAAUCCGCCGUCUCUCUCUACCAGUCGAAGCUCGGCAUGGCCAUCACCGGCAGGCUCGAUGGUGCCACCGUGAACCAGAUGAUGGCUCCGAGAUGCGGUGUGGACGACCAGAACAUGCGCCCGCAGCGGCGGAAUUCUCAGCGGUACGCCUUCUUCUCGGGGCGCCCCUCGUGGCGGCGAAAGGCCCCCGUGAACCUCACCUACGGGUUCUUCCCGGGAAACUUCAUCGAUUACAUCCCGCGAGCGGAGGUGGAGGCAGCUUUCCGGCGAGCCUUCGGGAGGUGGGCGGCGGUGAUUCCGGUGAGCUUCGUGGAGGUGGAGGAGUACUGGGCGGCCGAUAUCAAGGUGGGAUUCCACGGCGGCGACCAUGGGGACGGAGAGCCCUUCGACGGAGUGCUCGGGGUGCUGGCACACGCCUUCUCGCCGGAGAACGGAAGGCUGCACCUGGACACGGCGGAGACGUGGGCGUUGGACUUUGAGAAGGAGCAAUCCCCGGUGGCGGUUGACCUCGAAUCGGUGGCGACCCACGAGAUUGGCCACGUGUUGGGCCUGGCUCAUUCGCCCGUGAAGGAAGCGAUCAUGUACCCUAGCUUGAUCCCGCGGAAAAGGAAGUUGAAGCUCCACAGAGACGACGUGGAAGGGAUGCAACUUCUCUACGGCUCCAACCCUCAUUUCCGCCUCGAUUCCCUCCUCGCAUCGGAGACCUCCUCCGCCGCAAGAAUCGGGAAUGUCGUCGACGUCAUCCGAGGAGGUUGCCUGUGGGCCUUGGCUGUGGCCUCAUACGUUAAAAUGCUCUGA